AGCUCAAGAAGGCUUCUGAUUCUCUCUCUUCUUCCCGUGGUUAUUGCUUGCUUGGCUUGGCGAUGGGCGCUCAUCCACUACGGAGAUCUGUUGUCUUUGUCUUCCUGCUGCUGCUGCACGCAAUCACAAUCACAUGGGCGUUCCUGCCGUCCUCUUCGGUGCUCAGACACAGACACAGGAGGCCAUUGAUGCAGCAACGACGGCAGCUUCCGGCAGCGACGAUGAUGAUGAUUGACCUAUCAGCGGCAGCAUCGGCGGCGUCGGCUGCGGCGGAGCAUCUGCCGUCGUUUCUGCAGGCCAUCACCGUCACUGACGAAGAGCAAUUCCAAAUACGGGUGAGCGUGUGAGUGAGAAGACACACACGUGCCUGGUGUGCAUCUCCGUGUGUGUGUGUUGGGGUCAUGCAGGCGAUCGGCAUCGCCUUCUCUGCCGUGACGGUCGGCGGCGGCACGGCCGCCUACUUCCUCAGACCCAAGAACACAGAGUGAGUCGCCAAGCGCCACACACACACAGACGGGAGGGAGAUGCCGUGUUGCGAUGUGUGCUGUCAGGAUGAAGUUCGUUCUGUCCGACAGCGAGGCCGCGGCCGUGUCGCUCGUCAACGGCAUCUAUGACGCGUCGGAGGAGGACAAACGCAUGACCGAACGGGUGCACACACAAUGGAUGGAUGGAUGGAUGGAUCGGCACGUACCUCUGGCUGGCUGGCUGGCUGGCUGUGUGUGUGUGUGUGUGUGCGCAGGGCUCGAUAGGCCGGACGAGGCGUCAGUUGGAGGCCGACAGGAUCGCCGAGGAAUUCGCAGAGGGAAAGGACCCGAGGGAAGUCCGCGGCAAAACGGUAUACAUACAUAUCCCACCCACACACACACAGACAGACACACACACCUCUUGUUUCCUUCACUCUCCCCAUUUCUAUGUGGUAUGGUGUGCAGAUCACCUACAGCGAGGUUGACCUGAACUUCUUGGCUGUGCUUCUCAGGGCAGCCGAGCCGAAACAAGGUACAGCAUCCACUGCCCCCCCCACCCCCCCACCUGCAUCUGUCCGUGUGCAGGUGAGACCUUUGUCGACCUGGGAAGCGGCCUUGGGAGAGCCGUCCUGGUGAGGAUGCAUGGCACUCUCAUCCACCCACCCACCCAUCCAUAUAUGUGUGUGUGUCUUGCAUGUCUAAACAGGGUGCGGCAGCCCUCUAUCCCUCGUUUCGCAAGUGCACGGGCAUCGAGUACCUGCAAGGCAGGACCGACCUUGCUAAGGCAAGCCACGACAAGCACCAUUACCACAGAUCGACUUCUCUCCUUCCAUCUCUCUCUCUCUCUCUCUGUGUGUGUGUGUGUGUGUGUGUGUGCAGACGUAUGUGAGCCGAUUUAGGUCAUCUCCAGCUAUCGAGCUCAUGACCGACGAUUUCGCGCUUCCAACGUCGGCGAAGACCGACCAGGCCAUCCAGCAGGCCGACGUGCUGUUUGCGUACUCGCCCCGCUUCUCCGGCAAAGAGCUGCUAUCGACUGUGGAAAAGGCCAAGAGUGGUGCGCGGAUUCUCACUGUGGACAGGUACAUAGGCAAAUGGGUGCAGACACGCGCGCACACACAUACAGAAGGAGACAGGCGCGAAGCCACAUGUGAUGAUGCCUCUGUGUGUGUCGUUGUGCGUGGGUUUGUGUGUCGUUGUGUGCCUGCAGGAAGCUUGCUUCCGACGGUUUUGAGCUGAUCAAGACCUUGGAGGAUCCCUCGGGCGACCUCAACAGAUACAGAGGGUACGUCUUCCGGCGACUCUAGGGGACACAGAGAGAUGGCCGGCUGCAACCGGGUGCGUGUCGAUAACUGGAUGGCCAGACAGACAAGAGGGCUCAUGUGGG